AUGCAAGGCGAUUACGACUCACAGCUCUUCCUCGAGAGGCUACAGACAUUGUUCGACAAGAGCUUAGCGGACCUUCGCGCCUUUGCCGAACGCGAGUCACGUCCAUUUGAAGAGAUCAGAGACCAGGUGGCGAAAUGGCACUGCAAGGAGCUCUUCAGUCCAAGCACAGUACCGCAAGGUAGCCUGGCCGAACAGGUGUCAUCUAUCUUACGAACGACAUCCCGGACCCUUGAAUCCCUUGAAGAGAUCGCGGGUCUACAAUCCUUCUUCCUUGUGGUCAAUCCCAAUGACCCAUCGGACGAGGGCUUUCUCGGAGGCACCGUCUUGGGCCGCGAGUUCUGGAGGUGCCAUAGAGGCUGUGGCGCAGCUGGGGCAAGGCUCUCUCAAGAGCAAUGCACGAAAGUCAAACAAGCGAAUACGUCCGGAGAGCCGGCUCUCUCGGAUGCUCCGCUCGUGAAUGCGCCACCGAGACGGAAGGGCCCUGCAAGCUCUCUCAAGUCGGACGUCUAUUCCUCUGUGCGGGAUGCUGUCAGGGCGGCGUCUGGCAUCCGCAACGCCGAGAUGAAGUGGACAGACCACUCCAAGCUUGACACGUACGGCAUCCGAAUCGUAGGAUGGCCUUCCUCCGUACCUCUUCAGAACCCUUCGACCCUCUCCGUCGCACAAAAUAAGGCGGUGCUCGAGGCAUUACGCAACGGGAUGUUGUACUUUGAACGCUUAGGGGCACCAUCGGAAACACAUCCUGGCACUUCGACUGAGAAGCCGCAGAACGAUCCUUCCAGGGUAGCAACCGACCAAGCUAUGGAUAUCUCCUGGGCAUACCAAGAUCCAGACGAGCCGGUCCCCACGGUGAGUGUCGAUCGCAGUGACUGCCUGAUGUCUGCGCGAGCGCAGUCGAUGAUCAGUCAUGGUAACGAACAAUUUGUUGUCUGCCUAUGA